AUGACUUCCUUCGGAAAGAUUUAUACUUAUCCUAAUAACCCUCGGGUUAUGAAGAUCCAAGCCGUCGGCAACCUCAACUCCCUCGAAAUAACCACCGUCCCGGACUUCCAAAUGGGCGUCACAAACCGCAGCCCCGAAUACCUCUCCAAAUUCCCCAUGGGCAAGGCCCCCGCAUUCGAAGGUGCAGACGGCACCCUGCUCUUCGAAUCGGACGCCAUAGCCCAAUACGUCGCCGAGAGUGGUCCGGCCAAGGACCAGCUGCUGGGUGUAUCUGCGGCGGAGCGCGCGCAUAUCCGGCAGUGGAUUUGCUUCGCGGAGGGAGAUGCUAUGGGCGCCCUGGUGCCGUUUGCAUUGUGGCAUAUGAAGAUGGCGGAGUAUACGGCGGAGGAACUGGAGAAGCAUUUGGCGAAGGUAGAGAGGGCGGUCGGGGCUGUUGAGGCGCAUUUGAAGACUGGUGGAGGUAGGAAGUGGUUGGCCACGGAGGAGAAGUUGAGCUUGGCGGAUAUUAGUCUCGUGGCGGCACUGAAUUGGGGAUUUGCUAUUGUUUUGGAUGAAGAGAUGAGGGCGAAGUAUCCGAAUGUUGUGGCCUGGUAUGAGAGGACGGUUGAGAGUGAGGGAGUGAAGCAAGCAUUCGGCGAGAAGAAGUUUGUUGAGAAGAGGGCUGCUUUCUAA